AUGACGCCACGGGCCUUCAGGGCGCUGGGCGUUGGCGCCCGGCAUGCGCAGAAGGCGCUGGCCCGGAAGCGCUCGCCGGGCCAACAGCGCGGCCGCCGCCGCCCCGCGCGGUGCGUGAUCGACGUGGCGGAGGCGGAGGGCCGACGGCGGCGCGGGGCGCCGGUGGACAUCAGCGUUCUGACGCAGGCCAGCCUCAAGGUGGCAAAGAGGCACCUGGAGGAGGCGGACCCGGGCGACGAGCAGCGGAUAGGCCGAUGGGGCGUGUGGGCGCGGCCUCUGUGUCCGGGACGGGGAUAG